CACUCUCCUUAGUCCAUCUGUACCUUCUUACCUCCCCUUAGGCCCGCUACUUGGCGCUCACCACUUCUCCGUAACUUCUCCUUCUCACCCAAAUGUCACUAUCUCUCCUCUCCCGAAUCUCUCCGCAGUUACUACAAAUUCUCACCGCUCCAUCACCAGAUUCGCCCAACCCGCCAUUUCUUUCCUGGAAACAAGACAUGGGUUGUUCCCAAGUUUCGAUCUUUGGGGCUCUCGUGUCAUGCUCUCUGAUGGGCAUAGUGCUGGGCCUCGGUUUCGGCGGAGAAGUUGAAAUUGUGUGGGGAGGAGACAGAGCUAAGAUACUGGACAACGGUGAGAUUCUGACGUUGUCGCUUGACAAAGAAUCAGGCUCUGCCUUCCAGUCCAAAGAUCAGUUCCUGUUCGGUAAGAUCUCGAUGCAGCUCAAGCUUGUCCCUGGCAACUCUGCUGGCACUGUCACCUCUUACUAUCUGGCAUCGGUAGGAGCAACGUGGGAUGAGAUAGACUUCGAGUUCUUGGGGAAUCUGAGUGGAAAUCCUUACACUGUCCACACCAAUAUCAUCACACGUGGUAAAGGCGACAGAGAACAACAGUUCCGUCUUUGGUUCGAUCCCACCAUUGAUUUCCACUCUUAUUCCAUUCUAUGGAACCCUAAGACCAUCAUAUUCUACGUGGAUGGGACACCAAUAAGGGAGUUCAAGAACAUGAAUGCACCUCAAAACGUGCCGUACCCGGAUAGACAGCCAAUGAGAGUGCACUCGAGCUUGUGGAACGCAGACCAGUGGGCGACGAGAGGCGGUCUCGUAAAGACAGACUGGUCCAAAGCUCCGUUCACGGCUUCUUACAGGAACUAUGACUGUAGAGCCUGUGUCUGGCCCGUAACCGGCUCGCCCUCUUGCGGCGGCUCGGGCCCAUGGUUCAGGGAAGAGCUUAGUGCGAAUAGCUUGAAGAGACUCAAGUGGGUCCAAAGCAACUUCAUGAUAUAUGAUUACUGUACUGAUACCGAGAGAUUUCGUGUGGGAUUUCCUCCUGAAUGCGGUGUUCAAUGAGAGACUUCGCAUGUAAAUUAUGUCUGUGUUUCAGUUGUUUAGCCAAAACAAGAUUAAUAUAAGUUUGGGUUAAUUAAUAAACGACGUCAAUGGAACUCCA